AUGCCUCUCUUUCGAAUUAAGGCGGUAUUCCCUUUGGUAGCUUUAGUGAUCAUUGGAAUAUUCUUCUUUUGCAUGGAACGCUACGACCGCUCAGCUUUCCUUCGGUUCAAGCACCCAAUUGAUCGGACCUCCUUCAGUGGAAAUAAGCAACCUCAAGUACAAACGCCGGCACAAUCUGAUUCGCAACAGCCGACCAGCAACACCUGUGAGGCUGAUCCGAAAUUGGCCGCCCCCCUACCCUUCUCCGAAUGGCUCCCGCGCAAGAACUACACUCGCGCCUAUUUCCGGCCUCGUCAUGUGAACCCUCGCACCGAAUUCCACACCUUGGAGGAAAUCGAGAAGUCUGUGCUCCCGCCCAUGGUUGUCAUGGAGCGCGGUAUGGUCGUGUCUCCCGAGAACAAGCCGGAAAACUUCGUUUGCCCAGAGAUUAUUGACGUCGAUGUAGCCGCCGAUGACGACGUCGAGGAGACCUCCAAGCUUUUGUUCGGUUUGGCCACUACAGUCGACCGUCUGGACCGCCUGCUCCCCUCUCUGCUUUACUCCUACGGAAACACCAAAGCCGGUCUGCUUGUUCUGGUCCCGGAAUCUGACGACGACCUGGAGAAGCAAGAGACUUACUUCCGCAACCGCGGUUUGGACUUGACACUCAAGGCCUCUCCGCUCGACUUCACUGCCCGCUACUUUGGUAUGGUCGAGGCGUUCACCGAGCACAUUCGCAAGCACCGCCCGCAUACCAAAUGGGUUGGAUUUAGUGACGACGACACCUUCUUCCUGUCGCUCCCCACUAUUGCUGAGGAACUGAAGCUCUUUGAUGAGAGCAAGAAGCAUUACGUUGGAUCUUUGUCUGAGGCCAGCUGGCAGGUGGAUACCUUCGGUCACAUUGCUUUCGGUGGUGCCGGUGUGUUUGUCUCGAAGCCUCUUUUGGAUGUCCUGAUGAAGCACUAUGACGAGUGCCAGUCCUGGGGUGAGCAACCUGGUGACCAGAAGCUUGGUCAGUGUAUCCAACGCUUCGGUGAAACCCCCUUGACCUUGUGGCCUUCGCUCUACCAGAUGGACAUGGCAGACCCCGUGGAUGGUGUUUACGAGUCCGGUCGCAAGAUCGAAUCCAUGCACCACUGGAACAGUUGGUACACCAAGGACGUGGUCAAGAUGACCACCGUGUCUGCUGCCGCAGGCCGUAAGUCAGUUCUCCGUCGCUGGGUCUUUGAUCAGGAGGAAACCGUGAACAGCGUUACUGGCGAGACUCUCCGCCAUUUCUGGGUCAUGACAAAUGGCUACUCGCUGGUGAAGUACACUUACGGCGAGCACGUGCCUGAUGAUGCUAUCAACUUCGAUGCUACCGAAAAGACCUGGCCCGAAGACCCCCGCGGAUAUGAAGAGCGCCUGGGUCCCCUGCGUCCUGCAGAGGAAGAGGGUAUUGCUAAGGAUCGGUGGUUGCUCCGUGACGCAUUCGUGGUUGGUGAGAAUGUGCACCAAUUCUACGUUCGCGAAGAAGAUGAGGGCCACAGCGUGAUUGAGAUCGUCUGGCUCGGUCCCAAGGGCGGUGGUGGCGGUGGUGUGAGUGACCAUUACCUUCGCGGCACUUACCAGCAAUAA